UAAACUUUAUUUUCCCACGUGCAGAUGUACAUGUUUUGUAAGAAAAAUACAAAAUGAAAAUUCUUUCAGAGCAGAGAACGAAAAUAUUAUUCGAAAAACUGACAAAAUAUAUUGGUGUGAAUGUAAAGUUGUUGAUAGACAGACCUGAUGGCACAUACUGCUUCAGAGAGAAGAAGGACAGAGUAUAUUACAUUUCGGAACGUCUAUUACGAUUGGCACAAACAGUGAAACCGGAUCACCUAAUAUCUGCCGGUACUUGCUUCGGAAAAUUCACAAAAACGAACAAAUUUAGGUUACAUAUUACUGCACUGACUUAUAUAGCACCGUACGCACCAUUCAAAAUUUGGGUUAAGCCUUCAGCAGAACAGCAGUUCUUAUAUGGCCACCAUGUAAUCAAAAGUGGACUUGGACGAAUAACAGAAAACACACCAAAGUAUCAAGGUGUAGUGGUGAACACAAUGUCAGACAUUCCCAUUGGUUUCGGUGUAGCAGCAAGAACAACAGCUGAGUGUCGACAUGCUGAUCCGCUUGCGACAAUCGCUUUCCAUCAAGCUGACAUAGGGGAAUACAUCAGAUCGGAGGAUACACUGACUUAGUUUAAAUUAAUUUUUUAUUUUAGUUACCUAAUAUAGUUUUCUUUUUAAAAUCAAUAAUUUAAUAUAAAAUUAUUUUGGGAAUUUUAUUUCUAUCUAAUGAUUUUCUAAUUUUAAAUUGGGUUUAUCUUAUACUCUGUCAUACACUAUAAACUCCUGCAUACUAUAAGUUUACUUCUGUUUUCAUAAUUGUUUACUGAAUAAAAAAUGCAGUUUUGAGAUGAUUGUAACUAAGUUUAGUGUGUGCAACGGGAUUGCCACCAAU